UCUUGAGUUAGCUAUCCCUGCAGAAGUCUUCAAAUGGUAGAGUGUGACUGUUGUGGUGGCUGGAUGUUUGUGUUCUGCCAGUGCUUUGGGAGACUGAAAGAGGAGUUCUGGGCUGGAAAUGGUUAGGAUAUGGAUAUUAACGGCAGCGUUCGCACACAUGGAGCACACUAUCUCACUGAAGAUGCAACAACUGGAAGGUUGUACAGGAAAGGAAAGCUACUGGGGAGGGGUGCUUUUGGGAGGUGCUACAAAUUCACAGAUGUGACCAGUAGGCAAGUGUUUGCAGUGAAAAUGAUCUUGCACACAAGAAAAUCUGUGACACAGCAAAGAGGAGGGGUUGAAAAAGAAAUUGAACUCCACAGUCAGUUAAAGCAUAGAAACAUUGUCAGGUUUUACCACCAUUUUCAAGACCAGAAGUACGUGUACUUGGUGCUAGAGUACUGCAGACACAAGUCUCUUGCUCACAUCUUGAGCAUACGAAAACUACUGACAGAGCCUGAAGUGCGAUAUUACAUGAAGCAGAUAUUACUUGGGGUACAAUACUUGCACCUUCACAGGAUAAUCCAUAGAGAUCUAAAACUCAGUAACUGUUUAAUUGGCAAGAACAUGACUGUAAAAAUUGGAGACCUAGGAUUAGCAACAACUGUAGACCAGUGCGAAAAAGUUCCAGGAGUCAUAUGUGGAACCCCAAAUUACUUAUCUCCGGAAGUGCUUACUAAGGACGGACACUCCUUUAAAUCAGACAUCUGGGCCCUUGGAUGUAUAAUGUAUACACUCUUGACUGGAUAUUCCCCCUUCAGAGCUCAUUCACAGAAAGAGAUGCAGUACUUCAUCAGAGAAGGCUUCUACCCUGUGCCUUCUUACAUAUCACUCAGUGGCAGAAGACUGAUUAUUUCUUUACUUGCGAACUGUCCCACCAACAGGCCUGGCAUAGAGGACAUACUUGCAAGUGACUUCAUUACAAAGGGGUUCACACCUAAGCAGUUAUCAUCUGCCAGCUGUAACACAGCUCCAACCUUUUUGCUUUCCAUCCAACUCACCAGAUUCUUCAGUAAAGCAGCUAAAGUUCUCUACCGAGGAGUCUUCCAUAAAUCCUUCUGCUCAGAUUGUGGAGAAGCAGGGGAACAUAGGAAAUCAAUGGAUUUGCCUACACAGAGCCUGGAGUCUUUGAGUACAGACAACACAUCUGAGGAUGAAAACACAGAGGACAUCAUGAGGCCUAGUGAUGAAUCUCUUGCUAUACUCAUGAGAGGGAGAAUGAGCAGCAGGCGAAGGUCGGCCUUGCAGAAACAGAGAAAGCCAAUGGUAGAGAAAAUGGUGGAAGAUGUCACUGUUAUGUUAAAAAACUUCUUGUUCACCAUCAUACCAGGUGACUUGGAUCCCACAAAGCAGGUGAAUUCCCCUAUACUAUGGGUAACCAAGUGGGUGGAUUACUCUAAUAAAUACGGCUUUGGCUACCAGCUUUCUGAUGACUGUACAGGGGUACUACUGACCGAUGGAACACAUGUUGUUCUCUCCCCAUAUACACAAAAAGUUUGUUAUUCUACAAGCUCAGAAGAACAUAUCACGUUUCCUGAAUGGAGCCCACCAUGUAAGCUGGAAGCAAAGAUGAGGAUACUCAGGUUUUUCUCUCAAUACAUGCAGAAAAAUGUGUUGGAGGGUGGAAAUCUUCGCGGAGCACCCAGCCUAUCUGUCAGAACAUUGUGCCUGUUGCACUUUCUGAAAACAGACCAAGCGCUGCUGAUGUUAUUCAGUAAUGGAACAUUGCAGGUGAACUUUUACCAUGACCGCACAAAGAUUAUAUUAAGCAGAGGAAAGCAAGGAUACCUACUGAGCUUUGUUAACCAAGACAGACAAAGCUGUACAGUGCCACUGUCAGUACUUAAAGCUGGUUGUCCUCCCCUUAUAAUACAGCGACUAGAAUAUGCUCUCAUUAUGCUGGAAAGUCUGUAACGGGAUUUAUAAAACCCCUGAAGAAAAAGGAAAGGACAAGUUUGGACAGUACAUGUUCUGAAAGGUUUAAUUGAAGGCUAAUUUCAUUUUUCAAUCAUGAUGAUUUACUGCAAGUGAAUAGGAAAUAUUAUGAUCUGAAGGCUAACGCAUGUGAAUGAAGGUGUUACUGUGGUAAAAUGCUUCAACGGUUUUGCACACUAGGUGAUUGAGUGUGGCAAGGUGUUCAGUUCUUAAACCAGAUAAUAUGACAGCAGGAAAGAAAUUAGGAUUGAACAAGAAAUGCAUGAGCUAGUAUAUGAAGAUAGUAUAUUACGGAGCAGGGGUAGGCAGCCUUGGCACACCUACUGAAAAUCCCAUCACGUCCCUGCCUCUGCAAACCAUGCCUGCGAGUCGUGCAAUGCCUUGUGGGAUUUGUAGUUCCACCACAACAAGAGUGCCAUGGUUGCCUACCCCUGGUAUAGAGCAAAGCUAUGAUUAUUGCUUUAUGUCUUGUUCACAUUGCUUGGCAUAUCUCAUACCUGAUGGGCUGGGGAAUCUGAAAAUUACUGUAGUAGCCGGAGCUGCUACAUUGAUAGUAGUGAUCUUCUGGGUCCUGUGCUGGUUCUGUGCUAGCAGCAUCCCCUCGGCACACAAAACACAGAAAUUCGCUCACUAGGCACCGCCGCCAUUCGUAGAAUACCUUGUAUUUUUUCAAUGAACACAAGGCAUUCUCAGAUUGGAGGUAGAGAGGAGGGGCGAUGAGGUCGCAAUCUAAUUUAGGAGCAGCUUAACGUUUCUUAAAAUACACAAAAAAUGAUUAUGUGAUCUUUCCACUAUUAGGCCAAUGGCCCUGUUUUUGUCUCUGCAUUUUCUUUCUGUAGCACAAGUGAUCAGAUUUCAGAAUGCUAUUUGUGUUCAAUUUAAUGUGCCUUUAAUGUGGUUCUAAAGGCUAAAGGUUUUUUUACCUUAAGGAAUUCUAUGUACAAAUACUUCCCUCUCCAAUCUUUCGAUCGAGCGCCAUGCCCAAGAGCAGCAUCGCUACUUUCUCCCUCUCUCUUAUAGGUCAUUGGCGCCUGCUGCUGUCAAUAAAAUCCUGUGAGGAGGGAGCGGGAGGGGGGCAGGGACACACACAUGCCCAUGGCACGUCUGACCCCAGAGCAAUCACUUGCUGAGGGGGCAUACACAGAAGAGGUGGAGCCAAGAUUGCUGGCAGGGUACCCCAGAAGGGGAGGUCAGGGCCACUCUGUGCAAAACCAUUGCACAGAGCAGGUAAGUAACCCAUGUUUGUUAUUUUAAGAGAGAAAAAAAUCUAAGCCUUUAACUGCACCUAAAAUACACAAACAUAACUAGAGUAGAGAACGCCAUUUUUUUCAUACCAGGUAAAAAAAAA